AUGAAAGAAAAUGAAAGAGCAGUUGCAAUGAAUGAAGAAGCGCAGGUUGUCGAUCGCUACAACUUAAUGCUGCGCAUAAGGAUCGCCAAUGAGCUUUCGAUGUUUGAUGAUGCGAGACAGAAUUUUCAAAUACUGAUUAGAAAUUAUGGUAAAGAACUGACUAAGGAGGAAAGAAAUUUUUUUGCAGUCUUCUACAAGAGUUUAUUGGACAAAUUUCGCAAAGAAUAUAACAUGUACAUGGAUCUUCAAAGAGAAAUACCACGAAGAGAAAUUCUUAAGCACCGCAUUUUACGUGACAAUAUGUACCGAGCACGUUAUGAAGUGGUCACCAUUUGUAAAGAAGUGAUUGAUAUGAUCGAUCAUGGUAUACUAGACACGAAAAAUAUUGAACUGAAAAUUUACUUUAUAAAACUUCGUGCUGAUUAUUUUCGAUACUGGUCAGGUGUCGUAAGUGAAGAACAAUUUUUUGGUAUACGUAAACGUGCCGAGGAUUCUUAUCAGCUGGCACUUGAGCUAGCAGACAAGAAGCUCAAAAAAUACCAUCCUAUACGUUUAGCUCUGAUGCUCAACAUGUCUAUACAUUAUUAUGCUGUACCGUGUGAACGUAUCAAAGCUUUGCAGUUAUCUAUGCAAGCAGUUACUGAAGGCAAAGAUCAUAUUAAAAGUGACCCAGACAUUCGUGAGGUGGUAGAUUUACUGCGAGAUAAUUUAGACGCUUGGAUGGCAGAUCUUGGUCCUAAGGAAGUGCAUGAAUUGGAGAUUCUGGAAGGAGCAAGAAAGUGGCAUGGGAAGGGAGCAGCAGUACCGUCCGCACAUUUAAGGCGUCGUUUAUCCGGAGAAGAAAGUCCGAAAUAUAACACUCCAGUGCUAACACGUCAACGAUAUUUCACUAUUCCACAACCGUAUGUACGAUAUAAUAAGUUCGAUGACAUUUAUGUUUGCAAUUAUGUCCCUCUAAAGCGAAAUCCUUCCGUUUUUUAUGAACCACUGUUCGAACCUGAAACGAUAUAUCCUGCUUCGCACAAAAAAAAAGUUCCUUUAACUGUGACCGAAAGCGCUAUUACUAAAUCAAAGAGUACCGCAGCUGAACUGAAAAAGACUCAAACGGAAUUACAAGUCACUACAUCCGUAGCAACCACCUCAUCCACUGUUUUAGCAGCAAUUGGAUUAUUACCUUCGACCGCAGCUGACCAGAACACAAACUAUACAGAAGUACCAGAAAAUAUACAUCUUUCCACAUCUCAUAUAAAGCCUGUAGAGUCUACAGUUUUGUUUGAGGAUGCAUCACACGAAAAACACGUAUCGCUGCCAGACCCUUUUGAAGGAAUACUUCAACCGAUCCUUAGUUUCUCGUCCACACAGUCCUCAUCCACCACAUCUUCGUCCACACAGUCGUCGCUGGAUGAAUAUAAUGAAGACGGCAACGGUAACCCUGAACACAGAGAAAACCGCCCAUCGAUAUGGACUAGUGCACCGCGUGAUAUUCCACAACGUAGACUAACUCCAACAACAAUAGAUCCUAUAAGCAGGCUGUCAAAACGACUUCGAAGUUUCGAAUCUAGAAUGCUAUCUAUAAAGAGAAGCCAACUUAGAUUGGAACAACUAUCAGCGGAACGGGGUCAACAAUCAAACGAAGGAAAUGAUUCACCUCUGGAACUACGCUGGACAGCAGGAGUGGCUGCUAAUGAAGAACCGCAAACAACUUGGAAUAUUAUAACUGCAGCCACAACGUCAUCGUUUCACGUUCCUCAGCAAGACGUGACAAAUGAGAUUUCAGUUCCUUCUUAUACUCAGAUAACAAAUGAAUUUAGUACUGUUGAGAAUUUACAACCGAAACUUCAAAAUAUACCCACUGACAAUCGCAAUGCUGAAUUGCAACAACGGUCCACUAUUUCCUCAAAUCAACCUGAUAUGCUUGCUUUCCUUCCGAAAAUUAAGUCCUUUGCUUCACAUCAACAACGCCAAAAUAUCUCAGAGACCGAGCCAAAAGAUUCUUCUACGUCUUCUGGAAGCUUUGUGUUUCCAGAAUCUGCACCACCAACUCCACCACCACAAGUUAUUUUCACACCAUUCGGUCCGAAAAUCGUUGGAAACUUUUCGCCAACUUCGUCGCUUGAAGGAGCUGUUGCAGCGGUAUCACCUCCUUUGUUAGAGAAUAAAAAAAGAUCGAGAGUUGUAACCUUUAGUGAAAAGUGUACUUACUGGCCUUUGCAAUCAGCAGUAGAAACAGGAAACUGGAACAGACGAUUUUCAAGGCAAAGAACAAGACGACAGAGAUCAUCAAUUCGUCCACCUCCUCUAAGAUCACCAACACCAGAAAUAGAAGAACAGGUGCCUUGUCUGCCCCGAAGUAGCCAAGAAAUCGCAGUGGUUCCUCAGCAAAACCUAAGUCCUUACCAAACCUCAUUUUAUCGACAACAAUUUCACAGAAAAGGCCAGGCAUUAAAGGGUCGUAGUCGACGCAAGUUAUCACAACGGAAACUACUUCGGCGUUCUUUUUCAGCUCCUCGAGAGGGUGCUACAUGGCCAAUUUCUUCCCUAACACGAGAACCGCCUUAUUUCAUCUAUAUGGUUCUACGACGAGCUUCUGCUGUAAGUGGACAAGCCUUUGGCAGGCGAUUUCUGUCGGCACAUUCAAGUGCUGAGGAUUUGUAUGACGAAGCUGCUGAAAAGGCCUUUCCUGAUCCAUGGGCUCCGAGAGGAGCACGGACGAUGCAUAAUACCUUUCCCAUUACACCGUGGUAUCCAAAUGAGAAACCUCGUGUUCCAUGGAUCCGACAUCAAUGGCUUUACAGAGGAGCAGGAAAUGAAGAAAAUGUUUCAAGUGGAAUGCAAGACUAG